CAAGAAUGUCGUGACAUCCCUUGAUAUCCAGGGAUUCCAGAUAGUCAGGCAUGAAAGUCACUUUGCAGCUUCUCUGUCAGAAGAAGAGAGCCUCAUGGGCUAUCUGCAAGAAACGACCGAGCUGAUCAAGUCCCUAUUGUCUGCGGAAUUUGCCUUCUGCUAUAACUUCAAGGUGGAUGAAUCUCUAAGCGUUAAACAGCCAUGCUAAAUCGACUCUGAUCAGUUGCAAAAAAGUUCCGAAAAGAUUCCACUGCAGUGAACGACUCAUCAGAGACUCGAGGAACCGCGCAAUCUCCAGAUGUCCCCAUCUGGCCAGUUCACGUUGACUUCACCGAAGAAGCUGGUAUGCAGCGGGUUAAGAAGAUGUUGACAGAUUCUGAAGCACAACUCUAUCUCGGUGGUGAGUACCGUAUACGUAUUAUCAAUUCCUGGAGACCUUUGUACCGGCCUGUCAAGAAUUCACCAUUGGGUUUCUGCGACCCGUGGACUAUACAGAAACAGGAUCUAGUUGCAGUCGACAGACCUGCUCAAGACCAGAGUAGCGAAGCCUAUUAUGUGAAAUACGGGGCACACCAGGACUAUUAUUGGUGUAGUAAUCAAUCUCAGAAGGAGAUAAGUAUCUUCACUAGUUGGGAUUCCAAGCCUGAGAAUAGUCCUCCUUAUUGUCCACAUGCGGCGUUCAAAUUAUCGGAAGAUAAGACUCAUGAUAUCGAGCGUGAGAGUAUAGAGACGAGGACCAUCGUUGUUACUAAAGUUGAGAGGUAGCCAGGCUGUAGGGACAGAGGAAGUUUCUAUUCCGGCUCAAUCGAUGUGAGAAUCAUUUUACAUGACCUGAGCCCAGCCUCGUAGUCCCAAGAUCCGGAAAUCGAACACUCAACGCUCAUGUAAUUUAGUUAGUGCUUUCCUUGAUGGUUUCUUGUGUUCUUG